AUGUCUGGAAAGUACUCUGGUGUCCAGUCUAGAAUAAAAGAAGUAUGCGAAUAUGCAAUUUACGUUCCAUGUGCGGCACAUUCGCUUAAUUUAGUGGGUGUUCAAGCUGUUGAAUGUAUUACUGAAGCAGUAGCAUUCUUUCAAUUUGUUCAAAAAUUGUAUAAUUUUUUCUCAGCUUCGACCAAACGCUGGCAAAUUUUGACAGAGCAUUUAGGUGUAAAUAAAGUUCUGAAGUCCCUUUCGCAAACCAGAUGGUCCGCACAUGCCAAUACUAUUAAUGCUUUGCAAAAUGGUUAUUUAAAUAUUUCUGAAGCAUUAUCCUUCAUCGCAAGUGACAUCAAUCAACCAGGAGACAGUAGAAACGAAGCCCAAAGCUUAGUAAAAAAAAUGGAAAAAUUUGAGACUGCUCUACUGACGGAAAUAUGGAAUGAUAUUUUGGGAAUUAUGAAUAAAACAAGUCUAAGUUUACAGAAUAGCACUAUGACUAUGGGCGUUGUGACAAAACUUUACGAAUCUCUGAUCAGUUAUGUCAAUAACGCACGCAAUAAUUUUGAUCAUUAUGAAACGGCUGCUAAAGAAAAAAAUCCAGGUGCUGAUUACAAAGAUAAAUUUGAAAGAAAAAGAAUUCGCAGCUCACGCCUCACUUUUUUUGAAGGACCAUCAUCACCAGAGACUCUCCAGUUGAGAGGCAAGGAAAAGUUUCGUGUAGAUACUUUCAUUCCCAUAAUUGACACAUUAAUUACAUAUUUAAAAAAACGUUCGGCAGCAUACAAAGAAAUUGAUAAUCGAUUUAGUUUUCUUUGUCAGUUAACAACAAUCAAAUCUGACGAAUUGACCAAAAAAUGCAACGAAUUUGCAGAAUUUUAUCACGAAGACAUUAAUGCAUAUGAGCUCAAAACAGAAUGUUUUCAUUUAAGCCAAUAUUUAAAAAAUAUAGCAAAGCCAUCAGCGGAUUUAAAUAUCUCAGUCUUACUUAACUUAAUAAAGACUGAUAAAUUAGAAGAAACUUUUCCAAAUGUUGAAGUUGCUACAAGAAUAUUCCUUUGCCUAAUGGUUACCAAUUGUAGUGGGGAGCGCUCAUUUUCGCAGCUUAAGAGAAUUAAAAAUGAAUUGCGAACAUCAAUGCUACAAGAACGACUAAAUAAUUUGUCAAUUAUGAGCAUAGAAAGUGAUAUUCUUCAGAAAACUGAGUUCGAGGAUUUAAUAGAAGAUUUUGCUCAACAGAAAUCUCGAAAGAAACUAUUAUCGUAA